AUGAGUGACCGUAUUCCAUCAUGGAAUAUCGUCCACAAGCUAGAGAAGCGAAAGCUCCUCGUCGCAAUUAAUUGCGUCGCAGCGCUAUCAAUUCUAUUCUUCGGAUACGACCAAGGAAUGAUGUCCGGAGUCAACAAUGCAGAAGACUAUAUCAAGCUUAUGAAAUUCGGAUACACGAAGAUGGAAAACGGCGAAGCCACUCCUGUCGUGACAAACUCGCUCUUACAAGGUGGUAUUGUCGCUGUUUAUUACCUGGGCACGCUAUUUGGUGGUCUAUUCGGUGGAUGGCUUGGAGAUCGUGUCGGAAGAAUCAAGACUAUUGCGGCUGGUGCUAUUUGGGCAAUCGUGGGAGCGAGUCUGCAGUGCUCAGCUCAGAAUCACGACUGGAUGAUAUGCGCGCGUUUUAUCAACGGAAUCGGUACCGGAAUCCUGAACGCUAUUGUUCCUGUCUGGGCAACAGAGACAGCAGAACAUACGUCUCGAGGCCAGUUUAUCGCUAUCGAAUUCACUCUGAAUAUUUUCGGUGUCGUGCUAGCCUAUUGGCUUGAAUUUGGUCUCUCAUUCAUCGAUGCCGGAAAAUCCGCCUUCCGCUGGAGAUUCCCCAUCGCAUUCCAGAUUAUCUUCCUCCUAGUCCUUUUCGGAGCGGUCUGGUUCUUCCCCGAAUCACCAAGAUGGCUCGUAAAAGUCGGUCGAGAGCAAGAAGCCCGAUACAUUUUACAACGUUUACGUGGAAGUAGCCCGGAAGACCGAGUCCGCGCUGAAGCAGAGUUCCUCGAUAUCCAAAGUAUCGCCGAGAUGGAGAAGACAGUUGUUCAUGGAAAUUCGUACCUUUCUAUGCUUUUUGGAUGGAAAUCUGGAGAUCUACAUAUCGGUCGUCGUGUACAGCUUGUUAUCUGGUUACAAAUCAUGCAGGAGUGGGUUGGUAUUGCGGGAGUCACAGUUUAUGCACCUACUAUUUUCAGUAUCGCCGGUUUCGAUUCGACGAAAAGUCAGUGGAUUAGUGGGUUGAAUAAUGUUUUCUACAUGUUCGCUACGCUUGUUUGUGUCUUUACGUUGGAUCGCAUCGGACGUCGAUGGACAUUAUACUGGGGCUCGAUAGUACAGGGUAUCGCCAUGUUUUUGGCAGGUGGUUUCUCUCGACUGGCUAUCAAUGCUAAGGCAGCUGGUAAUACGGGACAAGCAUCUUCAUACGGUGCAGCUGCGGCUUCAAUGAUUUUCAUCUUCACCUCGACAUUUGGCGCAACCUGGUUAACUGUUCCAUGGCUGUAUCCUGCUGAAAUCUUCCCACUUGCAGUUCGCGCUCGUGGAAAUGCCUGGGGAGUAGUUGGAUGGAGUAUCGGCAAUGGAUGGCUGACGCUGUUAUGCCCCGUUAUGUUUAAUGCUAUCGGUGAAAAAACACUGUACAUCUUCGCUGCCAGCAACGUUAUCACGAUCCCGAUGGUCUGGGCUCUCUACCCCGAGAGUAACCAACGUACAUUGGAAGAUAUGGAUCUUUUGUUCGCGGCUAGUACGCCUUGGGCCUGGGAUGCGGAGAAGAACUUUGCUCGGCUGAAGGCUGAAAAUCCCGGUAUGGUGCAGGCUGUCAGUCGCAAGGGGAGUAUUCUAGAUCCGGAGACGGGCAAGGUAUUAAUGGCUGCAGCUAAGACUGAUGAGAACGCUAGUGGUGUUGAACAUGUAGAUAACCCUUGA